UUAGUUGACACGUCGACGUCAUUAGAAAAGUGACUACUAACCAUCUGUUUACAAAAAAUAAUUUACUAUGUUCUCUUCAAAUUAAUAUGAAACUGUGAUCAGCAAUUGUUCAAAAUGGUAGACGAGAGCACCCGAAAGACACUUAGUAGCAUUCCCUUGCUUCAAACCAAGGCUGGACCAAGGGAUAAGGAACUAUGGGUGACGCGCUUAAAAGAGGAAUACCAAGCUUUAAUUAAGUAUGUACAGAACAACAAGGAAGCAGACAAUGACUGGUUCAGGUUAGAGUCGGAUAAAACUGGUACAAAGUGGUUUGGCAAGUGCUGGUACGUCCACAACUUGCUGAAGUACGAGUUUGACCUGGAAUUUGAUAUACCAAUAACAUAUCCCACGACAGCUCCCGAACUAGCUUUGCCUGGAUUAGACGGAAAGACAGCUAAGAUGUACCGUGGAGGCAAGAUAUGUCUCACGGACCAUUUUAAACCUUUGUGGGCGAGGAACGUGCCCAAAUUCGGUAUAGCACACGCUAUGGCACUCGGUUUGGGCCCAUGGCUAGCCGUUGAAAUUCCCGACUUGAUCGAAAAAGGGGUGAUCACUUACCACGAGAAAGAUGAAGCGAAAUGAUUAACAAGACAUACACACAAAUUGUAUAUACAGAGUUAUUAUUUAUAUAAUAAAUAUAUAUUUUUUAUAAA